AUGUUCAUAAGUGACUACAAAAAGGACCUUGAGUUCAUUGAAGAGGUGACGAGCAAUGUUGAUGAGGUCCAAAAAAAUGUUCUUGCUGAAAUCCUCUCACAAAAUGCUCAUGUUGAGUACUUGCAGGGUCAUGGUCUCAAUGGUCACACUGAUAGAGACACAUUCAAGAAACUCAUACCUGUCAUCACUUACCAAGAUAUUCAGCCCCAUAUCAAUCGUAUUGUCAAUGGUGAUAAAUCUCCAAUCCUCUGCUCCCAACCCAUCUCUGAAUUACUUGCAAGUACUGGAACAUCUGGAGGGGAGAGCAAAUUGAUACCAACCACAGAGGGAGAGCUUGGGAGGAGAUUUCAGCUUGUGAAGCUUCAGAUGUCUGUGAUGAGACAAGCAGUUCCAAAUUAUGGAAAUGGCAUAGCAAUGUAUCUCAUGUUCAUAAAGUCUGAAGAGAAGACUCCGGGAGGAUUAACAGCUCGCGCUCUUUCAACGAGUAUGAUCAAGAGUCCUUAUUUCGACUACAACCAUCAUCAAAAUGACCGCACUAGUCCAACUGCAACAAUUCUCUGCCCAGACUCUUACCAAAGCAUGUACUCCCAAAUGCUCUGUGGCCUCUGCCAAAACCAGCAAGUUCUCCAUGUUGGCUCCUUUUUCGUGAUUACCUUCAUCCGUGCCAUCAGGUUCUUGGAGAAGCACUGGUCUCUGCUUUGUAAAGAUAUCCGGACAGGAAGUGUUGAUGCCUCUAUAACUGAUCCUUCAGUGAGAGAUGCAGUGAUGGAAAUCCUCAAACCUGAUCCAAAGUUAGCUGAUUUUAUCGAGGCUGAAUGCAGCAGAGAUUCAUGGAAAGGGAUCAUUACCAGACUGUGGCCCAACGCCACGUAUGUGAAUGCUACUGUGACUGGAACCAUGGCACAAUAUAUACCCACCCUUGAUUAUUACAGCAAUAGCCUCCCUCUUGUCAAUACCAUGUAUAUUGCCUCAGAAUGCUCCUUCGGAAUCAACUUGAACCCUUUUUGUAAGCCUAGUGAAGUCGCUUACACCCUUAUUCGCACCAUGGCCUAUUUUGAGUUCUUACCAAAUCAGAAAGAGCAACAACAAUUGGUCGAUUUGGCUGAUGUCAAGAUUGGCCAGGAGUACGAGCUUGUCGUUACCACAUAUUCUGGACUCUAUAGAUAUAGAGUCAGUGAUGUGCUUCGGGUUGCUGGAUACAAGAACAAUGCGCCUCAAUUCAACUUCCUAUGCCGGGAAAAUGUAGUUUUGAGCAUUGAUGAUGACAAGACUAAUGAAGUUGAGCUACAAAAUGCAGCAGGCAAUCUGUUUCCUUUUGAUGCACAUGUAACCGAGUACACCAGCUAUGUCGAUAUUGCCACCAUUCCAAGCCACUAUGUCCUGUUCUGGGAGCUGAGAGUGAAUGGAUCUAACCCAAUUCCUCCUUCAGUCUUUGAAGAUUGUUGCCUCACAAUUGAAGAAUCUCUAAACUCCUUCUAUCGCAAGGGUCGUGCGUCUGAUAAAUCCAUCGGGCCUCUGGAAAUCAGGGUGGUGGAAAUCGGAACUUUUGACAAUCUCAUGGACUACUGCAUUAGCUUAGGUGCUUCCAUGAACCAAUACAAGACACCCCUGUGUGUGAAGUUUGCACCCCUUGUUGACCUGCUGAAUUCCAGGGUCGUGUCCAGCUACUUCAGUCCCAUGUGUCCAAAAUGGGUUCCUCGCUACAAAAAUGGAACAACACGAACUGAAAUCUAGCUUGCACGAGCUCUGACUUUGUUCUCCUGUACUAAAAAAACUGGUAAACAAUCCUCUGCAU